GUGUGAGUGUGUGUCAGUGUGAAUGUGUCUUAACUCUAAACUAACAACAAUAGCGACAACAACCAAUUAGUUAACAAUACUAACCAAAAGAAUUGAAAGAAGAAGAAGAAGAAGAACAAACGCAAAAGGAUUGAAUUGCUGUUGCAAGGCUGCUCCAAGUCUGUCUCUCGAUGCCUCGACAAAUGCCGCAACAGCAGCAGCAGCAACAGCAGCAACAGCAGCAGCAGCAGCAGCAGCAAUAGUAAACAAAACAACCAACAAACAACAACAAUUCAAACAGACAGCCCACGAAUGCAGCCAACAUUGCCACAAGCCGCUGGGACAGCCGAUAUGGAUCUGACGGCUGUUCAAUCAAUCAACGAUUGGUUUUUCAAAAAGGAGCAAAUUUAUUUAUUGGCACAAUUUUGGCAACAGCGCGCUACAUUAGCCGAGAAGGAAGUGAACACACUCAAGGAGCAACUAUCCACAGGCACGCCCGGCAGCAACAGCGACAGUAACAGCGAGAACAACAACACAUCCGAAUCAGCACUAGCAACAGCAGCAGCAACAGCAGCAGCGGCAGCAACAGCAGCAGCAGCAGCAACAUCAUUGGCCAGCGGCGAAGAGGAAGCCACUGGAGGAAGCGAGGGCGAGAGCGACAAGCUGUUGAAUAGCUCGAUUGUUGCGGCGGCCAUAACGCUGCAACAGAACGGCGGCAAUCUGCUGGCCAACACAAAUACACCGUCGCCAUCGCCGCCGUUGCUCAGCGCCGAGCAGCAGCAACAGUUGCAGAGCAGCCUGCAAAACGGCGUCGGCGUCGGCGGCGCUUGCUUGAAUCCGAAGCUCUUCUUCAAUCACGCCCAGCAAAUGAUGAUGGAAGCGGCAGCGGCUGCUGCAGCGGCGGCCCGGGCAGCAGCAGCGGCAGCCCAGCAGCAACAGCAACAGCAAUCGCCAAUGCAUUCGCCAAUCGCGGCAACUGCAAUAAGCACAGCAACAACAACAACGGCAACAGCAACAGCAACUGCCGCCACACAACAGCAAUCAGCACGAGAUAUUGCCGAGCCAAUAGCCAGCAGCAAUUGCAACGAUGACGAUGAGGACGAUGACGAGGAGGACGCAUCGAUGCAAUCGAAUGUGGCGCAUGCCGAUGGCGAUCUAGACGACGAUGAUAUGGAGCUGGAGCCGGAGCAUGUUGCUGAUACGGGCAGCAUUGCUGUUGUCGCGCCAGCAUUGGCAAGAACUGAAAAUGUUGCCGAUGCGAAUGCAACUGCGGCGGCCAACAAUGAUCAACACGACGCCGAUGUUGAUGAUGAUGAUGAUGAUGAGGGCGAUGAGCGAGGUGUCGAUGCCGAUGUGCCGGCCGAUGAGCAACAGGAUGAGCUGGAAGCUAGUUUAAAUGUUAACAACAACAAUAACAACAAUAACAACAAAAACAACAACAAUAACAAUGCCGAUAGCUGUAGUCGAAAGAACAAGAACAACAGUGAAACGCAACAUGUUGCACUGCGUGAUAAUAAUGUAAAUGAGCAACAUGUGGCACAUAGCGCCGAGGAUGACGAUUGCACCAACAAUAAUACUAACACCAACAACAACAACAACAACAAUAAUAAUACAAACAACAGCAAUGAGAAGCGCAAAAAGCGCAACGCCAGCGCCAACAACAACAAUAACAACAACAACAACAAUCAGCCCGCUGUACUAUUAGCUGCCAAAGACAAAGAGGUAAGUGCCCGAAAUACACUCUCCAAGACAUUCCGUUAGCUAAUUUAAUAAACU